AGAGAGAGAGAGAGAGAGAGAGAGAGAGAGAGAGAAGCUUCGAAACGAAGCAAAAAUAUAGAGAGAAGAGAACAAAAUCAAAGCCGAAAAAAAAGAAGACAAUUGAAGAGCAAAAGAUGGAUCCAAAUUCGGGACGCCGUAGCGUCCUCUACCGCUCAACAUCUGCCUCAUUUCUCGUUCUCCGCUUCGUCUUCUUCCUCCUCUCCUUCUCCUUCGUAGCCACAGCCGAUCGCUUCAACAUCACCACCAUCCCCUUCGCCGAUGGCUUCAGACCCCUCUUCGGCGAUGGCAACUGCAAGCCCUCCCUUGAUGGCCGUGGCGUCAACGUCCUCCUCGACCGCUUCACCGGGGCCGGGUUUAUAUCGUCGGACAUGUACCAGCACGGGUUCUACAGCGCGAAGAUCAAGUUGCCAUCGGAUUAUACCGCGGGAGUAGUCGUUGCGUUUUAUACGUCAAACGGUGACGUUUUCGAGAAGACACAUGACGAAUUGGACAUCGAGUUCUUAGGAAACAUACGGGGGAGGAAAUGGAGGUUCCAGACGAACAUAUACGGGAACGGGAGCACUCAUCGCGGGAGGGAAGAGCGUUACACUCUCUGGUUCGAUCCCACCAAGGACUUCCACCGAUACAGCAUCCUCUGGACCCCCAAAAAUAUCAUAUUUUAUGUGGAUGAAGUCCCAAUUAGAGAAAUAGUGAAGACCGAGGCAAUGGGCGGCGACUACCCAUCGAAGCCCAUGUCAUUGUACGCCACCAUCUGGGACGCCUCUGAUUGGGCCACGUCAGGCGGCCGGUUCAAAGUCAACUACAAAUAUGCACCGUUUAUUGCCCAAUUCACCGACCUCUCCCUCGAGGGCUGCCCCAUCGACCCGCUCCAGUCCUCCGUUGCCGCCGUCAACUCACUCUGCUCCGAGGCCACCGUGAGGCUCCAGUCCAAGACUUAUUCCACCCUCACACCGGGCAGCCAUGCUGCCAUGCGCCGGUUCAGGCAGCGGUACAUGUACUACUACUACUGUUAUGACUCGAUUCGAUACCCCAUCCCUCCACCGGAGUGCAUCAUCGACCCGACCGAGAGGGCUCGGUACCAUGACACUGGGCGGCUCAAGUUCGGUGGCAGCCACAAGCGCCGCUCUCGGCAGAGCAGUCUGACUCCCACCAAUUAUGAGAGCAGUGACAAGCAGGCCGAUGUUAUGUGAAUAAAAUAAUGAAGUGAUAAAAAUCUUUGUGUACAUGUUUUUCUUUUUUCUUUUUGGUCAAGCGUUGUUUUCGUUUUUCCAAUUCUUUUUUUCAUUUUUCAUACUUAGAAAGAUUAUGGAUCGGCCAUAAUAUAUAUAGCAAUAAUAGUAAUAAUAAUAAUAAAGGUUGUAAUAUAAAAUAGAUUUUGUUUACAAUUUAUAUGAGUCAGUUAUAUGUUACUUAUUGGGAAAUACUUUUCUAUUA